AUGUCUAUGCACUUGCUUUUGACUGUCCUCGCCGUGGGCGUAGGCGCCCAGGAGGUCUACAUAACUAAGACUGGCGGUUCUGCUCGACCACAUUGCACAGCGCCAAUCGACUCGCCGAGCUAUUUCUUUCAGCCAUUUUCUUUUACCUUAAAUGAGACGGUCAGAUACGCGACAUCGGUGCCUUCUCUUACGACUACUCGGAAGUAUGGGCCUGCGCCCACUGAUGCACUCAAACAUUUCACUACAAGGCUGUCCACCACCACUUGGGGGAGUUGGCUUCCUGGUCACACCGCGGUGGCUGCUAGUGACACAGCUGACCCCUAUGGCCAAGCUGCCUGGUCGUCCAUGUGGCUGAGCGCGGAUCUGCAAAAUUAUACAACUACAGGGAUCUACUCUACGACUGUCAGCCCCACCCCGGUGCCGAGGAAGGAGCUGGUUCUUCCGCCGGCUGAUUAUUUCAGCCCUACCGACUGCUAUGACUUUCCUAAAGACUUUGUUUUUGGUGUUGCCGGUAGCGCGGCACAGAUUGAAGGAGCCGUUGGCUUGGAAGGUCGUAGCCCUUCCCUUCUGGAAAAACUCAUCGCGGACGAUCCCAUGGGUGUGGAAUACUACAGCUUCACUAUCCCCUGGACCCGGAUCCUGCCAUUUGCCCUACCCGGCACGCCUGUCAACAAGCAAGCCAUCGACCACUACAACGACCUCAUCGACACGGUUUUGGACGCUGGAAUGCAGCCUGUUGUCACCAUGCUUCACUUCGACAGUCCUCUGCUGUUCUUUGCGGGCGAUAACAUCACGCGGCAUCCGGACAUUGGCUUCAAUAACGCCGGCUACCAAAACGAAACCUUCGUGGAUGCAUUUGUAAAUUAUGGCAAGGUUCUUUUGACCCAUUUUGCGGAUCGCGUGCCAAUCUGGAUCACCUUCAAUGAGCCGCUUCUCUACUCGUUCAACUUCCAAGGAGUUGAUAACGUGGUUCAUGCGCACUCUCGCAUCUACCAUUUCUACCAUGACGAGCUCAAGGGCUCCGGGAAGAUCGGGAUCAAGUUCAAUGAUAACUUUGGAGUGCCCAAGGAUCCCAAGAAUGCGAGCCAUGUUGCAGCAGCCAAUCGGUUCCAGGAGCUACAGCUGGGUUUCUUUGCCAAUCCAAUCUUCUUGGGGAAGCACCUACAUGAAGAAUACGUCGGAUUUCUUCGGCAUCGACCCCUACACUGCGACAGUCGUAUCCCCGCCGAUGGAGGCGUUGAUGCUUGUGCCUCGAACACAUCCACUGCCAACUCACUCUUCCCGUACUGUGUGAAACAAGAGACCACCAAUAGGUACGGGUGGAACAUCGGCUAUCGAUCUGACUCUUAUGUUUAUAUCACUCCCACGUAUCUGCGUGAGUACCUAUUUGAUAUCUACAAUACCUGGCGCCACCCUGUGUUUGUCUCGGAAUUUGGCUUCCCUGUAUAUAGCGAGGCGACCAAAGAUCUACCCGAUCAACUCUUUGACUCGCCCCGCAGCAUUUACUAUCUGUCAUUCAUGUCAGAGAUCUUGAAGUCCAUUUACGAAGAUGGGGUCCAUGUGAUGGGCGCCCUCGCAUGGAGCUUUGUGGACAACUGGGAAUUUGGAGACUACGCGCAGCAAUUUGGUAUCCAGGCUGUCAACAGAACGACCCAGCAACGCCAUUACAAGAAAAGCUUCUUUGAUCUGGUGGACUUCGUGAAGACUAGACAGCCCAAGCAGUAG